AAGUUUUGCAUCCCCUCAGCAUGAUCUCCAACGGGCUGUUUGUGGCUCGGGCCCGUCGCAACAUCAGCGAAGGCGAAGAACUCACGAUCAACCACGGUCCGUACUACAAAAACGCUCCCGGGGAGAAGCGCCGUGAAUAUCUGCGGAAGAUCUACAUCAACUGUGAUUGCUACGAAUGUGGCCAAAUUGAAGACCAUUGGACUCGUUACCAACGCGUCAAAUGUGAGGACUGCAUGUUCAACGGCGACGGCACCGCACACCUGUUCCGCAGUGUCUCCAGGUGCGGGAACAAACGCGCGGAAAUGGAACUCCUGAUCCACCAGUUGCAGAGCAUCGAGUCCAGCCUGUCGCGGAACCAUUUGCCGCAGUUGAUUCCCACUGUCGAUGCUUGGGCCGAACGCGGAUCUGGCUGA